AAGAGAGAGAAGAAGAGAGAGAAAGACAGACACUAUGUCGUAGAGAGAGAGAGAGAAACAAAAAACAACAACCUCAUCGCCAGAUAGAAAGAGAGAGAGAAAAGAGAGUCCGUUAAUUUCAGUUUAAAAGAAAAAGCACAAAAACAAUGGUGACAGAGGAAGAAAUAUCGGAAGCGGUUCAGUCGCUGUUGAAAGAAUCGAACCCUAGAAGCCGAAGCUUCACGACGUUGAACCAAGUGGUUCAAGAGCUUCAAGCCAAGCUCGGUCACGACCUCACUCACAAGCUCGAUUUCAUCACCUCACAGAUCAACCUCCUCUUUGGAUCCCAACAACCACCGCCGCAAAAUCCCCAGAGUCAGUUACCGCAACCGCAACAACCGCCCAAAGACCAUUUUGCCCUUCAACAAAACCCUAAUUUUCACUCUUCCCCUGCUGUUACUACCGGUUUUCAGACAUUCACUUCUAACCCUGUUGCUGCUGAUGCUGCACGCGCUGAAGCUCACCAUCCUCCUCCUCCUGCUGCUGCUGCUGCUGCUGAGGGCAACGAGAUUCCCAAGGAAAGUACUCAAACUAAGGUGAAGAGAAGAGGUGGCCCAGGAGGUCUCAACAAACUUUGUGGUGUUUCACCUGAACUUCAGGUCAUUGUUGGCCAGCCAGCAUUGCCGCGGACUGAGAUUGUGAAACAACUGUGGGCUUACAUAAGGAAAAACAAUCUCCAAGAUCCCAGCAACAAAAGGAAAAUAAUUUGCAAUGAUGAGCUGCGUGUGGUGUUUGAGACAGACUGUACUGAUAUGUUCAAGAUGAAUAAGUUGCUAGCAAAGCACAUAAUCCCCCUUGAACCAACCAAGCAGUCUGUGGCAAAGAAGCAAAAAGUAGAUGUGGAAUCAGGAACAAAAACUGCUGAACCUACUCCCUCUGUAAUAAUAUCUGAUGCACUUGCUAACUUCUUUGGGGUUACUGGAAGGGAGAUGCUACAAUCUGAGGUACUGAGACGUAUUUGGGAGUACAUAAAAGUCAACCAGCUAGAGGAUCCUGUGAAUCCUAUGGCAAUACUGUGCGAUGCAAAGCUUCAGGAGAUCUUUGGCUGUGAAAGCAUUUCGGCAAUGGGGAUACCUGAAGUUUUGGGCCGUAACCAUAUUUUUAGAAGUUCAUGAUGCUGACAACAUUCUAUGUGACAGAUUGCAUGGUGUUAAUUCCAUUAUAGUUGGAGCUGAUCUUGACCACAUGUUCAUAUGGUUCUGUAAUUUGACUGAUCAGAUUUGCGUUCUUAGUUCAUGUUGACAAGUUAGCAGAAUGAAUAUGUAAUAGGGACAUCUAUUAGUUUGGGAAUGACGAUGUAUUUCUAGGUCCUGCGGUUGCUGUUUGUCUGACUUGGCACUUAGGUUAGAAUGACCUGUGGGUAUUCUGACACCUGUAAAAUGCUCACAAUAGGAAAGAAAAGGAUGUAAAAGGUAUCUUUCUUCAAACAUGAUCCAUGUCAUUUAUAUGUAAGUUAAUGAAAUGCAGCUUGCCAGAUGUAUAUGUAAGAUUUUGGAGAAACUUCGAUAACGUGGCAAUGUUCUUCAGUAAAACACGUUAUUUUUUUCAUACCUCAACUGAGAACUUCAAAAAGGAGAACGAAGUGCUUAAAAGCUAAAACGU